UGUCUUUUGCUUUCUUGUAGCCUAUAUUACGCAAUCUUCCUUUUGAAAUCACGAAAUACUUUAGUUAACCUUAUUCCAACACAAACUGAUAAUUUGAAUCAGGUCAUAUCUACCUCGUCAUCAUAUCCAUAUCUUUAUACCGAAUCUCACAAAUUCUUAUCUUAACGUUUGGGGCUAUUUCACUAAUGGAAACAACAAGUGAUCUACGUGAGUGAGGUUAUUCUUUAAAAAAAAUUGUGAUUCAUUUUAGUUUAAAAAAAGUUCUAGAUCAUUUAAAAUUUUAUUUCAUAAAAGUUUUCCUUUUUGUUUUCUUAUCACACAAAUCUCGUCAAUAAUUUGCACUUAAAAUUAUUGUAUAACACACAAAAUGACAACUCGACCAAAACAACCAACGUCUUAUCCUCAUCAGUCAACAGACACAAUUCAUACAGCGCCAUCCUCAGAUACCAAUAUGUACGGCGGAAUGAAUCAUUUCGACGAAUCGGGUUCGUUCGACGACAGCAGCAGAUUUUCUUUUUCUGAAAAAUCAAUUCGCUUGGCAUUCGUCAGAAAGGUGUACGCGAUCCUGAUGGCUCAGCUAACUAUAACGAUGGGAUUUAUCGCCCUCUUUGUAUUCGUUCCUAGCGUUGCUAGCUUUUCUCAGGACCACGGAGAAAUUAUGUGGAUUGCGUUUUCGAUGUCCAUAGUGUUGCUCAUAGUCUUGGCAUGCUGCAGCGAUUUUCGGCGACGCUUUCCUCUGAAUAUCAUUCUGCUGGGACUUUUUACUAUUUGCGAAGGCAUAAUGCUAGGCGCCAUAGCGUCUUUUUAUGAAAGUGAAGAAGUGCUGAUCGCAGCAGGAAUCUGCGCAGCUGUUUGCCUUUCUAUCACCAUAUUCAGUCUACAAACAAAAUGGGAUAUCACGUCCAGUGGAGUCUGCAAAGGGUUCCUCUUUGUUUCACUGAUCGUCCUAUUGAUGUUCGGCAUUAUGGCCAUCUGCAUGCAAGACAAAGUCGUCAAUUUAGUUUAUGCCUCGUUAGGAGCCCUUGUUUUCAGCAUCUAUCUAGUCUUCGAUACCCAGUUGAUGCUAGGUGGCAAACACAGGUACUCCAUCUCCCCAGAAGAAUACGUCUUUGCUGCUCUCAAUCUCUACUUGGACAUCGUCAACAUUUUCAUUUACAUUUUGGCAAUAGUUGGUGGCAGUUCCCGAUAGUGUCAUACAAACUUUUAUUGGGAAUAAUGGUCACAUAAGUCCCGAAUUCCCUGAAAUUGUCUUGGUGCAGUUAUUUUCAAUCUUGUUUCCCUUAAUCUUUGCGCGAUAUUAUUAUCUUGUUACUGAAUAAAAAUACAAUUAAUCGUUCACAUGUAGAAGCGAAAAAUACAUAUAAAACUAAUUAAAAUCUAA